AGCCCGUGUACCUGCGGUUGUCCCGUCUCUCACCGGACUGCACUCGUCACUCCAGAUUUCUCCUCUGAUAGGAGGGCAUCAGCGCUCCCUCCCUCCCACACAGCCUCGCUUCGCUCUCUCCAUCCGUCGUGUUUACUACAGCCUGAGAGAGAUGGUCGUAUAAAUUUCCUGGGAGUGCGCAUAUCGCAGCAUCCUCAGAGGGGAAUUGAAAAGGGGGAGGAGGUGUAGGAUCAAGAAAACAACCCAAACAAGGAAAAAUAUCUGCGUUUUCUGAUCGUUUCGAAUUAACGCAGGAGAAAAACAGACCUCCACAGAGCCCUGCGAUUGGAAACCCGCACUGGAUGUAGAAGAGAGAAGGCUGAGCGCGGAUGCUCAAUACACGGACAGAAGGACAAGGGAGAAAAACAGAAAGGACCAAUAAAUCCUAGAGAGGAAUAAUCUUUUGCAGUCAUCAACGAUGGACUCCAGUUAUCGGCAUUGAGUUCUUCAGUCAUUCUGAUGACCACAGUCACUCAUGGCCCUCAUGCAUGAACCUCGCGCCCCAUCGCCCUCUCUUUCCGGCUUCAACACACCCCUCUCCGAUCCUCCGUCCUUUCGCCGCCUCGAUGCCGAAACACCCUGCACCCCAGAAAUGGACUUGACCCCAACCCAAUGCGUCCUUCGCAACGUCCUCUCCAUAGACACCGGAGGUGCUGUGGAACCCGGGGGUGGAGGAAGAGAGGGGCACACUACCAGACACAACCAGACACCCUGCGAGGAACAACAGGAGCACUUUGCCAACAGUGUCCUGAAACUCCAUGAGCACGAUGGCGGUCCUGGAAGGACGGAGGGAGAGGGACAGGAUACGGACAGCAGUGCAGUCAGGAGCCAGGCGAAUGACGCCAGGUUACAGUGCCAGUCUACAGGAGGGGGAGGAGGGUUUUUGGAGGGGUUGUUUGGGUGUCUGCGGCCUGUCUGGACAAUGAUCGGCAAAGCCUACUCCACAGAGCACAAGCAUGACCUGGACGAGGAGUGGGAAGUCCCAUUCGAGGAGAUAUCGGACCUGCAGUGGGUGGGCAGCGGAGCCCAGGGCGCCGUCUUCCUCGGUAAACUGCACGGGCAGGAAGUGGCUGUGAAGAAAGUGCGGAACAUUAAAGAGACGGACAUCAAGCACCUGCGGAAGCUCAAACAUCCCAACAUCAUCACCUUCAAAGGUAUCUGUACCCAGGCUCCUUGUUAUUGUAUCAUCAUGGAGUACUGCGCCCAGGGACAGCUAUACGAGGUGCUGAGAGCAGGCAGGAAGAUCACGCCAUCCCUGCUCAUGGACUGGGCCAUGGGCAUCGCUGGAGGCAUGAACUAUCUUCACCUCCACAAAAUCAUCCACAGAGACCUCAAAUCACCCAACAUGCUGAUCACCUAUGACGACGCAGUGAAGAUCUCUGACUUUGGCACAUCUAAGGAGCUCAAUGACAAGAGCACUAAGAUGUCCUUUGCUGGCACUGUAGCCUGGAUGGCCCCCGAGGUCAUACGUAAUGAACCGGUCUCGGAGAAGGUGGAUAUUUGGUCAUUUGGUGUUGUGCUGUGGGAGAUGUUGACAGGAGAGGUGCCGUACAAGGAUGUGGACUCCUCCGCUAUCAUCUGGGGAGUGGGCAACAACAGUCUGCAGCUGCCCGUGCCCGACAGCUGUCCAGAGAGCUUCAAACUGCUGCUGAGGCAAUGCUGGAACUGCAAGCCCAGAAAUAGACCUUCAUUUCGACAGAUUCUCCUGCAUCUGGACAUUGCCUCAGCGGAUAUAUUAUCAACCGCACAAGAAACUUACUUUAAGUCUCAGGCGGAGUGGAGAGACGAGGUGAGACAUCAUUUUGAGAAGAUUAAGUCUGAGGGCACGUGUCUUCACCGACUGGACGAGGAGCUGAUCAAAAGACGCAGGGAAGAACUGAGACAUGCACUGGACAUCCGAGAACACUACGAGAGGAAGCUGGAGAGAGCCAAUAACCUCUACAUGGAACUGAAUGCUAUCAUGCUGCAGCUGGAGAUCAAAGAGAAGGAGCUGCUUAAGAGGGAGCAGUCACUGGACAAGAAGUACCCAGGCUGCUUCAAGCAUCACAGUACCAGACAGUCAGCCUCCUCCAAUUCCAUGGAGAAACUCAUGAAGAAACGCAAUGUACCUCAGAAACUGCCCUCACACAGCAAGAGGCCAGACUUACUAAAGUCAGAGGUCAUCCUCCCUAAGCUGGACUCGUCCAUGACCCAGGUCACAAUCCCCAACAAGGGCUCUACCUCCCCCGGCCGCUCACGCCGAGGAAAACCCCGCUACAGAAAGGCUGGAAAAGGCAGCAGUGGCGACCUGGCUCAGCUGAAAGCCACUUUGUCCUCGUCUUUAGCAAUGAUCAAUGCAACCUCGUCUGUUCCCAGCAAGCACCGUCUAGACCCCAGCGCAGCCCUCAGGGGCUUACAGCAUGACCUUCUCCUCAAGAAGAUGUCCUCCUCCAGUCCCGAUCUUAUUUCUACCACUCUGGAGGUCGAGGGCCGGAGGAAAGGCCAGGUGAGAUCAGGGCUGGACAGAGCGGGCAGUCAGAGCGCCUCAGCUGGGCUGGAAGAGAGCAGAAGGACUGAUGGGCCAGAGCAGGGCCCUGACGUGGGUGUAGGGGGGGAUGACUUGGCAGAAACGCCUCCACGCAGUGACACACCGAGCGAAGACGCGGCAUCUAUUCCUUUUUCCAGUAGCCCUGACUCCCCUUGUGGCAGAGGAGCAGCGGCGGGCAGGGCGUCCACACUCGGGAACGCUCGUGUCACCCACGAAGGUGAGGAGAAGGAGGAAGGGCCGGUGAUCACACGCUCGCCCAGAAGUCAACGGCUUACGCCUUCAGCACUGCUCUACAGGGCAGCAGUCACACGCAGUCAGAGACGUGGAGUGUCAUCAGAGGAAGAGGAAGGAGAAGUGGACAGUGAAGUGGAGCUGCCGAGGAGACGGCGGCCUGUGAGCAUCACCAAAUGCCAGUCCCUGUCGACCUUUAGCUCAGAGAACCUAUCGGUUUCGGACGGUGAGGAGGGCAACACUACUGACCACUCCCACAGCGGUACGCCCGACGUGGUCAGCACCAACACAGACGAGCGACUGGACGACAAGAGCGACGACCUGCUGUCUCAGGGCUCGGAGAUUCCUGCUGACCCGUCUGACCCCACUCAGCUGGGCUCCGAUGGUCUGUCCGAAAAAGAAGCCAUUCUGCAACAAGUCAAGACGCAGCUCGCCUCAAAUGACCCCAAUUAUGAGGGCCUGUAUGAUGACUCAGACUGUGACAGUGCAGAACUGGACCAUUCGUGCACUGCAGACCCCAGUCAACCUCCAACCAACUGGUGAAAACCCAACACCUCUAACCCACUCCACCACCUGCAGACCUGGCCUCUCAAUACCUCCUUCACUCUAAGAAACUGAGUCAUUAUCAGGGACAUCGCAGAGAGGCAGGAAAUUGAGCCCUGUGUUCUUAAAAACCACAUAUCCUGGUUAAGGAAACAAAAAAAAAAAAGGAAAGUUGCAUUUCCCUUGGAGAUGAAUGCAGCACGGGGAUGUGAAAGUGAAUUGGGACACUAUCCGAGCUGACAGAGCAACAGCACCUUUUGUUCUCUGAAAUCACAUCAAAUGACACCUCAGCGACACAAGCUUCGAUCAAAGAGGCCGACGUCUCCACUGUCUGUUGUCAUAUUGUUUUCGUGUCCUCAGUCAUAAUUCACGUCCGUUUUUCAUUUUCAUCCUAAUGAAAAUGAUCAUGAAACUAUUUAAAUGGCUUGUUUUAAAUGUCACGAUUAAUGGAGACGACCAGUGUCGCUCCUUUUACUUAUAAUUUAUGAAAUCUUUUGACUUUUUAUCUUAAAAAAAACCUUAUGCACUAUUUAUUUUAUUAGAAAGAAAACAAUGUUUACAUCUUUUUGUGUCGUUUACAUUUUUAUUUAUAUAUCGUGUCACAGAUUACGUUUCCAUUUUCUACUUCUGGUUUUAAUAUCGAUGUAAAUAUGGGAUGUAAAAUGAACAAAUUUUUAAAAUGUGAGAUUGUAUAAUUUAAGGUGCUGAUGUUUCUAAUUAGGUGGAACUAUUUUAUUUGAACUUCUUUCUAAAGCUCUCGGUAGUAGAAUGUACUGUAGCUGCUGUUCAUGUCCGAGCAUCCUAACAGAAAAAGGAGGAACAAACAUGUGAACAAGGAAAAAGCAAUAUGUCUGCUCUGGUCUCAUAGCCGGGUUCUUUUAGGACAGAUGAGCUUUUUUAAAAAAUACUUAUCGCACGUGUUUACUGUAUUUAAAAAUGCAAGGUCAUUUUAAAACAUAUUCCCCCGUUUGUAGCAUUGAGAAAAAGCAUGCAAGUGAAAUAGUAGGGACACCUUAUUGAAGUCAAACGCCGUCUGUGUCUCGGCUCCAACAUAAGAACAUCUGCAGAGAUGUAUAGCCUCCAGUGCCCAGUGACUGAAGGCACAGGAAACACCAAUACAGAUCCUACAGCGUGGUAAUUUUAGAAGCUGAAAAUCAUUUAUGCAAAAACCCGUUCGUGUCCAGUAACUGAUUUAUCUCUGGCAGAAACAUUACAUCAACAUCAUUUAUCUCUUUAAAUGUGAACAUUUUGGACCCAGACGUUGCCAUUUUCAUGCCCAUUUAAUUUGGCCAAUUUUAUUUAUAGUCUACUCUGAACAUAAUCAUUGGCCUCUCCGGCUGAAAACUUCGCCAUCCAAUGGCUAUUCUUCACUCUUGUAAGGGCUGCGUCAUAAACCGUGACACCUAAAACCCUGAUGUUUGUUCUCCUUGGCAAAUGUCCUUAAUGUGCACGUGCCUCAAUCUGACCGUACAACAGCACAUCACGUUAUUCCAUGAAUCCAUGACUGAUCAGGUCACACUCUAUAAGCUAAAAAUACAAAAAGGCAGCUUAUUUUGUUCAUCUUUGAAAAGAAAGAAAGAGACAGGUUAUCUUUUGCAGUUUAUAUUUGUAGAAAGAUUUUACAGAUUGUGCCCCCCAAGGUUUGAAGCUAGAAAUCCUCCUGCAGGAUUAAAAUGUUGCCAAAAAGCAAGACUACUGCCCUCUAUUGUCCAAUCGUGGAGGUACUCAUGUUUCCCAUGAUGCUCACUGAAAGCAACCCUGUUAAAUGUUGGCUUUUUAUACUGCAUUAUUGUAACUGUACAAUAACUAUAUUUAAAAAAGAAAAAAAUGAAAUGCCGUUAAAAAUAAAUUCAAACUUGUAAAGCGAA